AUGUCAGCACAGUUCAAGAAAACCUUUAGAAAGCAGAAAUCCUACUUGAUAAAAAUCGCGUUUUCAAUGACGUUGAACAGAGGAGAAAAGACGUUUAGGAUUUUAUUCCUAAAAACACUAUGUAUCACAGCGUUUGCGGAUCAAAGCAGUUCUGCACUUCAUCGCGACUAUGUUCCGUCUUCUCAUGAAAGUGAACUGUUACCCCAUGUUGCUGCUCGCAACUCACCAUCGUCUGCAUGGAGAUGUGAUGGUCGCAAUGUCCAGUCCAUAUCUGGUGAAUCAUCAUUGAUGACGAGACAUUCAAAUGGUCCAGCAAAUGAGCAGGGCCAAUGUUACUUUUUGGAAGGCGAUCUGGAUAUCAUCAACGAAAGACCGGCCAGACCAGCAAAUCAAAGUGUUUUAUGCGAUAGCAGCAUAAAUUUGUUGCAAAGAGCUUUUUCACGGAAUGGCAGAAAUGUUAUGUCCGAGCGAUUCUGGAUCGACAUGCGCGAUUUACAACUGCAAUGGAUAGAGAAGAUCUGCACGUCAUCAUUUGAGCGAACUGCUGCCACAUCGUACACUUUGGAAUGUUGGACGAUUCUCACGAAAUUCUUUUCGAUGUUCAGAGUACGUUAA